GUUCCAUCUUCUCCACUCACUUUCUGCGUCGCUUCCCCCACCACUUUCCAUCCGCCCCGACAUUCUUUAAGAGCAACCCAAUCCCCGUGCCGUCCCAAACUCGCCAUCCUCCUCCCUGUUUUCUCUCGUCUUGCUCCUUUCGUUGUUGAUUGCAAUGGGGUUCUUGCCGAAAUUUCUCAAACGACGUAAACACACGGCGGCUAUCGGCGUGGCCGAUGAUGAAAAGGGAAGUGAUUUGAGCGUCGAAGAUGGUAAAGGGUCGGUUAAGAGAUUUACAUGGGAUGAGAUUAAGGAUUUUACAAAGGAUUUCUCUCGUUUGAUCGGUCAAGGAGGGUUCAGCAAUGUCUACUUGGCUAACUUGCCUUGUUCUGCUCUCGGAGCUGUCAAGAUCCAUGUCGGAAAUGAUUGGUUAAACCAAGUGUUCAAACAGGAACUGGAUAUUGUGACCCGACUCCAACAUGACAACAUCGUCAAAUUCAUCGGUUACUGCGAUGAUCAAGAGGAAGGUGCAAUGGUGUUCGAGUACGUUUCGAAUGGAAAUUUGCAAGAGAAACUCCAUGGAGACGAAAGGGAAUCGCUUCCAUGGAAGACUCGACUGAGCAUAGCUUUUCAGCUUGCAGAAGCAAUCGAGUUUUUACACGACAAAUGCAGUCUCCAGAUAGUUCAUGGCGAUGUCAAAGCUUCGAACAUCUUGUUAGACGAGCGUUUCAACUGCAAACUCUGUGAUUUCGGGUCAUCAAAGAUGGGAUUUUCGUCGACGGUGGUGCCGCCGAGGACGAAGCUGAUAAUGGUAGGCUCACCGGGGUACACUGACCCUCAUUAUUUGAGGACGGGUAUUGCUUCCAAGAAGAACGAUGUUUAUAGUUUGGGUGUUGUUAUUUUGGAGCUUGUGACCGGAAUGGAAGCCUUUUGUCCCAAAAGGGGACAAUUGUUGACGUCGAUGGUGGCGCCGAAGUUGAGGGGGAUCACUGAUGGUGGUGGAGGGAGAAAUUGAGAAAGGAAGAAGAAUUGUUCAUCAUAGCCUGAAGGUGGUGGAAAUUACUGGUUUUGUCGGGGCAGCUGUUGAUACUGAAUUAUGCAUCUUCUUUAUCGAGAAUGCCAUUGCUCUCGAGAAGAUGGUUCUUGACCCUAUUCCUUUUCAUAAGAGAGGAGGACCAUUUGAAAACAUUAAAUAUGACCGCCGCAGGGCACUAGUAGCUAGACAGCGUGCAAAGCAUCUUAGGUCCGAAUAUAAUCUUGGAGAUAAAUUAGUGAUUAUUGAGCCAUUUUAGUUUGUUUAUUCAAUACUAUUA